AGUAGUGAGAUAGGACCUAUGGUUGUGUCCGUCCAUCAGUCCAGAAGAUCCAGAGCUGUCGCGUCUACGUCAGUCGUCGUCGGUCGUGUCGGUAGUAAGAGUCUUCUUCGCGCUAGUUGACGGAAAAAAGGAAAUUCAUCUCAAAGAUACUUUCAGUCCGCGUUAGUCACUCGCAAAACGAUGAAGUCGAAGUGAAUUGCGCGAAUUCAUAUAAAUUCCACAAUCAACGACAAAACCUCCCAUUUGAAUAUAUAUCUAAAAUUAAUGUUUAUUUGUUUACUUUGUCGAUGUUGAUAAAAAAAUUUUAAUAUUAAUUUUCCGGUUGAGUAGGUUAAUUGUUUAUUGAAAUACAUGAGUUAUAAUCUCAGAUGUGAGAGUUCAGAGUGUUAUGCAUCUAUAAUAAGCAUCAUUUGAAUAUCAGCUGAAUAUUGUAAAAGUUAUAAAAAUAAAUCCCACAUAAGAAAGUGCAAACGAGUUUAGUGUGAAAAUAAAUCAAUAUCCCAACAUCAUAAGCAACAAGAUAGAAAAAAAAAAGAAAAUUAUUAAUUAAGUGAAAAAGAAUCUAUUUUCUUGUAUCUAUAGCUUUUUGAUUACCGCUUUUAUGCAUGCAUAUAAAUUCAAGGAGAUUUUAAGGAUAAAUUGACACUGAACACAGACACCCCGACCGACCCCUGUUUGGCGCAUUGCUGACAAGGAUAUAAUAAACAACGAUACAAAAAUUGAUUCAAGAUUAAAUUCCCCAGGAUAACAACAUGAGUACAGCGAGUCCUCUGUCACAUAAUGAACAUCCCACAACAUCAAACGAGGACGAAGUUACUCAGGAUCCAUCAUUAGCCCUCCUGAAGGCGGAAUGUUUAGAAAGACUCCGGAACACCACAGCACCACCUGAUUUACCAACAGGGAGUUACUGCCCGGGGACAUGGGAUGGUUGGUUGUGCUGGCCAGACACUCCAGCUGGAAAGUCUGCUUUUGAACAAUGCCCAUCUUUUGUUGUCGGUUUGGAUCCAACAAGAUAUGCCCAUAAGGAAUGUAUGCCCGAUGGUGAAUGGUUUAGACAUCCAUCAAAUAAUAAGACUUGGUCAAAUUACACAACAUGUGUUAAUUUUGACGACUUUGAGUUGCGAAUGAACAUUAAUUUAAUUUAUGAAACAGGAUAUGGGAUAUCCUUGGUUGCCAUCUUGUUGUCCUUGGCAAUUCUAGGGUACUUUAGAUCCCUGAAAUGUGCCCGCAUCACAAUUCACAUGAACCUGUUUGCUUCGUUUGCGGUCAACAACACCCUUUGGCUGGUUUGGUACAAAGUUGUCCUUGUCGACAUUGAACUGCUCAACGCUAACCCGCCCACUUGUAUAGCCUUGCACCUGGUGAUGCACUAUUUUCUGAUCAGCAACUACUCCUGGAUGCUGUGCGAGGGAUUCUAUCUGCACACGGUUCUCGUUUCGGCUUUUAUUUCGGAGAAAAAGCUUCUCAAAUGGCUGAUUGGUUUUGGAUGGGGUUCACCGGCGAUUGUUAUAUUUAUCUAUGGACUUUCACGCUACCUGGCGGGUGCAGGUGAAGAAGUUAUCCACUGCUGGAUGAACGAAACUGCGUUUAAUAAUAUUUACAUAGUACCUGUGUGCAUAUCUAUGCUGUUGAAUCUGCUAUUUCUGUGCAAUAUUGUGAGGGUGGUGCUGUUGAAGCUGAAAGCCCCGGCUGGCAUGCAGGGGAAUUGUGGGCCGUCUAGAGCUGUUCUGCAGGCAUUUCGAGCAACACUCCUCCUGGUACCACUGUUGGGACUGCAAUAUAUUUUAACUCCAUUUAGACCAGAUCCCGGACAACCUUGGGAGUACGCCUACCAAGUAAUAUCAGCUUUUACUGCAUCAUUUCAGGGAUUUUGUGUUGCAACAUUCUUCUGCUUUUUCAAUGGUGAAGUUAUUGCCCAAGUUAAGCGCAAAUGGACAACAACAUUUUACAGCAACCGGCCACGGAACAACUCCUACACAGCAACUCAGGUCUCGUUCGUCCGAAGUGGUCCUCACAUUCCAGGCGAGGAAAAAGUAUGACUAAAGGCAAAAUCAUCACGUCGAGCUUCGAGUGCAGUCCUCUCAUCAACUUCAAUGACAGGACGAGCCCCAAGUAAUAAAUCGACUGCAAACAACUUCUAUGGCGCUUCGAAAAUAUUCCGCCGUCGAACCAUCGAUAAUGUUCGCAUCCAUCAGCCACUUAUGGAAGAAGCAUUGACAUCCGAUCCAAAGGAUCAACAACAACAUCCAUCACAUCAGCCAACAACGACAGCAGCGACUACGACGACAAGGACGAGGCAAAGGACGACUGCUAAUGCAUCAGUUAAUACCAAUAGUAUUAAGAAUGGUGGCACGGUAAUGGUUACCACAACUUUCACCACCUCACCAAAUAAUUCCUGUUGUCAAAACAACAAUCACCAACAUUUGGACAGUAAAAUGACGAUGGUCAAUGAUGAGACUUUAUAAUCGAAAGACUUAUUUUUCUCUAAUUAAAAAAUACAAAACUUAAGAGAAAGUUUAAGAAAAACUGCUGAAUUAUGUGUACUUAGAUUUGACACGUUACUGUUUUUAGUUAAUUGUCAGUUUUGUAAAUAUUUUAGAAAAUUCCUUUUAAAAUAAAAAUUCAAUGAAUUUAUAUUAAUUUAAGUGAAGUUCCGAGUCAGGAACUUUAAUGUACUCACGCGGUCGAUAUUCUAAUUUUAUUUCACAUAAUGUUGCGGUGUUGUGCAUUGACAAUCUGUAAAAAGACGAAGUUUGUCAAAAAGUGUUUGUGGUACCACAUAAAAUGUAAUGAACAAAAUCACAUUUAACUAAAAGUCGCACAUUUCUGAAAAUUUUGUCCACUCAAAUAAAAUAAAAUAAAAUAAACACAAAAACUGAGCAAGUACUUAAAGUAGAUGCUUCUUGAUGAAAUCUGUAAAAAGAAAACACAAGUUCCAAAAAAUGGAAUAACUACAAGCAACGUAUAGUUUUAUAUAUGUAUGUAUAUUUAUUUUAAUAUUUUUAAGAUAUUUUUGAUAAAUUAGUUUAUGAUGAUGAUGAUAAUGAUGUGUAUGUAAUAUGAAUGUUAUGUGUCUUGUAAAUAUUUUAUGAAUGUUUAAGGUUAAAAAUUGUAUAUUUUUCAAAAAAGAAGAAUUUUAGUUUUAAGUGAAUAAUUAAGAAACAUGAUGAAUUUUGGAAGGAAGAAUCCUAUAAGUGACUGUUGGCUUUGCGCUUAAAAGUACCUAUGUACAUUAAAUACUUUAGUUACUGUAAACGAUAGUUUAUUUUUUAAACACAUUUUCUUGUUUUUUUAAUUCUUUUAUAUUGCUUGUAUUUUAGAAAAUGAAUGUAAAACAAACUAAAUGUAAUUUGAAAUAAAAUAUUUUAAGCUUAUCUGA